CCGAAGGUGUUGGUUAGGAUUUGGCUUCCUUCUUCGUCAGGCUGGGGAGUCUGGUCUAGAUUCCCACGCUUCCAAUGUCAUCUACUACUCGCUCUCAGCCGCGAGUCUCAUUCGCCUCAUUGACUUCCAAUAACCUCGGCACUGUUCGCAAGCUGAACUCUGUGCUCUUCCCAAUCAAGUACAGCGAGAAAUUUUAUAAUGGCAUUGUCCAGCCUGAAGUAGAGGACGUUUGCAAGCUCAUCUAUUACAAUGAUGUGCCUGUAGGCACGUUCUGCUGCAGACUCGAAACGGAGGGCGAGGCGACGAGGCUGUACAUCAUGACCAUGGGAAUCCUGGCACCAUACCGCUCAAGAGGGUUAGGCUCACAGAGCAUGCAAUACAUCAUACAAGCUGCCUCGGCACAUGCGAAGCCAAGCAUCUCGUCCAUCUAUCUGCACGUCCAGACGUCAAACGACGGGGCAAAGGCGUUCUACGAGAAGCACGGCUUCAAGGUUAUCAGAGUGUAUGAAAACUACUACAAAAAGAUAGUCCCGCCUGACGCGUGGGUGCUUGAGCUAGAGGUGACACCCACGGCUGCUGAUGCAGCUGCCGAUGUGUCCCAAGCGUGAGGACGACGGAAACUGGUACUCAGAAUGUAUGUAGUAUGGGGCAUGGACGCGCCAUCGCAAAAUAGUCGUGGAGAUUAUCGGAACUGUUUUACAUCAGCUGUACAAGUCUCGUGUGCAGUGCAGACGAAAAACAUCCCUACACACGGGGCGGACUAGGGGGAGGUACUAGGUUAUGCGGAGCUUGCUGAUAUUAGGUGAGUUUAGUCUCCUGGGCAUGGAAUUAGAUGGGCUACGGCAGUUUCGUCUACGCUCACCACGAUCAUCGACCACGUCGUUACGCCCCCUCAUCUAUGCCACAUCGCUUCACGAGCUGGGCGUAACCAUCGUUAGCUUGGAGUGCGGGAGAGUGAACGGCGACGGCAGAUGUACCUGGUGUCUUUUGAGUGCGUCCUUCCUCGUGAAGGUCUUCCCACAGCCUCCAUUACACAGGAAAGGCUUCUCGCCGGUGUGCGUGUCACGGUGGCGUUUGAGAUCAUGCUGUCGGUUGAACGAUAGCGCACACAUGUCGCAGGAGAAAGGCCGUUGGGGCGAGGCCGGGUACUGCGAGGCCGUGUCCACAGCGGUCUGCGACUGCUGGGUGUAUGCCGCUUGGGCCGCGUACUGUGGGUGUGGCGGAUGUUGAACAGGGAUGCCGCCGGGGUGUGGCGACUGCGGUGUGGCGUAGGGAGGUACCGAGUGCGGCGGAGGAUGAGGAUGAGGUGGUGUGUACGUGUACUGAGUCUGGACGGGAGCCCCAGGCGGCGGAGCCUGGAGAGGCACGCCGUUGCGGUCGACGGCCGGGUAGGGCGGCUGCUGGAUGGACACACUCGGAGAGCGGUCGUGGGCGUAGGACGACCGGGUGUCGGACGUCUGGUAGGUGGGCAAGGACGAUGUCUGGGCCAUGGCGUAGGAGGAAGCUGAGUGCGAGUUUUGCUGGUGGGCGCUGUAGGAAGAGGAAGGGUAGCCGGCCGUGGGAGAAGAGCCCGCAUAGCCCGGAGAAUACUGGGCGUUGUUCUGCCACUGCUGCGGAGAUGCAUACAUCGUCGCUGAGACCGGAGCAGUCUGAGUUCGCCUGUCUGACAUGGUCGUCGGCGAACAGGGGAAAAUAA